AUAGCUUGUGUAUAUAAAACACAUGUACUCCCACAUUAUUGUUUAAGGAAAUUCAUAAUUCUUCAUGGUAUCAGAGCCAUCUUCCUAAACCCAAAAACCCUAACCCUACCCGUGCUCUCUCCCUCUCGGCGUGCUCUCUUCCAGCGCCGCACACCACCCGCCGUCCUCCUCUCCUCGGCGGCAGCAGCAGCGCAGCACAGCCCCUCUCUUCCUCGGCGAUGACAGCGCCCUCCCCUCUCAAUAUGGCUUCCUCUGAUAAACCCUCACAAAACUCAACCACUUCCUCCUCCUCGAAUGCUCCUCAUCUUGCCUUCACAACAAUCUCCAACGUCAAGCUUCAUGUCCCGAUUCAGCUUAGCUUUUCUCAGCCCAACUACAAAAAAUGGAGCCGGCUCUUUCUCCUCCUGGUGCGCCGAUUCACCCUCCACGGGUUUCUCUCAUGUUCUACUACUCCUUCUUCUGCCGAUGAUGAUGAAUGGUACCAACUUGACGCCCUGAUCCAAGGUUGGAUUCUCUCUACCAUCACUGACGAAGUCUCAGAUCUAGUUAUCUCCACCACCACCACCGCCGCUGAACUCUGGUGGGUUAUUCAUGCUCUCUUUCAUGACAACAAACAUGCUCGGGCAAUGCAACUCGAGCACCAGUUUCGAACCACCAUCAAGGGUUCGAUGACCAUGGCCACUUACUGUCAAACUUUGCGAAACAUUGCCGAUUGGUUGGAUGAUGUUGACGCCCCGGUCUCUGAGUCUCAACUUGUGCUUCAAAUGCUUCGUGGGCUACCCGACGAUCUCCAGGCUCAGACAUCGUUCUUGCAGUUCCAACAACCGCUGCCCACGUUCCUUCAGACCCGAUCCGCUCUCCUGCUCCUUGAACGGCAACGACAAACCAUUAUGGACAACGCCGGCAUGGCGCUCAUGGCUGGCCGAACAGGCAGCUCACCAUACGGCGGCAAUAGCGGCAGUUUCGGGCGUAGCGGUGGGACGCCCGGCAGUGGACACAACGGCGGCAGCGGCGGCGGUCGCGGGCAGCUGGGGCGCAACUCAGGUCGCAGUGGAGGCGGCCGUGGACGUGGACGAGGAGAAACUCUGGAAAUUCAUAAUUCUUCAGUUACCAAUUGGAGGAAGAAGAUGAACAAAUUGAAGAAUUGGAGCUGUGAUGGAGGCUGCCCACUGGAGCUACUGCCGACCGCUCGCCGGAACUGAUGCUGCCGCCGGUUCGCGUCUGCCAGCCGUCCGCCAUAGCAGCGGCUUGGCCGCUGCUUUAUUCUCGUGUGUUUCCCCCUAUUGAAUUGUGCAAUUUGUCUUCAAUUUAUAGCAAUGAGGAGCUUUGGACUUACAAUUUCUUCCCGUUGGAGCGUUUCGGCGAUUUAUGUGGAGAGACGUUGAAGGUGACAUUAUUGAUCUGGUCUCCUCUGCUCUUGGGAUGUCGCUCAAGUUCGUAGAAGAAAGGAAAAAAAAUGGGACGCUGCUAUUGAGUUGCUUUCCUUUUGCUCUCUUGUGCGCUGAGUUGAAACAAAAAAUGUAGUGGGCUGAGUUUAUUUUUUAUGGGUUUGGGCUCCUACCCAAAUUCAAUCUUUCUUUUUUCCAAACUUGAAUUCUGUUUUGGUCUUCUACUAUAUUUUUCUCCAAAAAAUAAGAUAUCUGAUAACGUGGGUUAGGAAAAAUAAAAUAAUACGAUGUAAAAAAAUCAUUAAAAGCUAUAAUUUUUGAAAGAAAAUAAAAAGAAUUUAAAAAUAAGAAUUAAAAUAAAACUAAGCUAAACAACUAAAAAUUAAACUCUAAAAGUAUUAAAAAUGCCUAAAAAAGAAUAAAAAGAACUAACCCAAAACCGACUUAUCAAAUACCCCCACACUAAAGACUUGAACGUCCUCGUUCAAAAGAUCAAAAAAAUCAUUUUAAUUUUUUAUCAUCAUCAAGAAAAACAAAAUGCACCUUACACACCCACUCCAAAGACUUUAUGCCCAAAACAUGUUUGAAAACAAAAUGAGCUACAAAUCCUAUAAAGAUGGAGAACUAAACAAUGGAUAUAUCGGGUUCUAAAAAAAAUGCUCUAAAGUUGCCACAAAAAAGUUUUCUAAGGGAAUCCUAUGGUCUAAAAUGGCUCAAUGGCAACGGUAGCAAAAUUUGAAAAAUAAGCCUAAAAGAUAAAAAACAUAUAAUUUUCUAAAAAUAAAAGAAAACUCCUAAAAUUGAUUCUUAAAACUUUUAAAGAUCACACAAGGUUAUUAAAACAGCAUCUAGAUAAUAUGUGGAUGACCAGUUCUAGAAAAAAAAAUCUAAAGGAAUUCCUAGAAGAUUCAAACAUUUUAAGGUCAUUUAUUGAGAAAAUGGGCAUUAAGACUCAAGAAGAGUUUGCAAAGAAACAUUUGUUAUCUUUCAGAAUAAAGCACGAAAAAAAAUGAAGUCUUUGGGUCAAUGUUUAAAAACAAUGCUCUAAAUAAGGAGAUAUGCAACUAAGAAUGAAAAUAUUUGGACCCAAAACCUAUUUUUUUGAAGAAAAAAAAUUUUUUGCCCCAAAAUAUGAUUUCCCAAACAAUAAAAUGAAAACCUCCCCCCACACUUAAGUCAUGCAUAGUCCUCAAUGCAUCUAUAUGAUAUGCAAAUAAAAAACAAUGAUAUAUCCAAGAGAAUGAGCCAAGAGAGAAGAGGAUGGGGAGAAUGCAACAAAAAGAAAGGAUGGGAAAUGCAAAUUAAAAAAAAGUAUACGCAGCAUCAGUUCAUCAUUCCCAUCCUAUUGUGCUCGAUGGACCUAAAAUCUGCAAAAAGAAGGCUAAGACCAAGUUUUUUAGCGUUGAAGAACAAAAAAUCAGAUUUCAAAUAUAUAGAUUUUUUCUUCUAAUUUAGCACAUAUAAGCCGUGAAAAGUGUAAAAUUUUCAUUCUGUACUAAAAAAAACAGCUUACAAAGUGCAUAUUUUCAAUUUAUAGCCCAAAAAUCUAAUGAAGCAAAACCAAUUUUUUAUGGUUUGUAGCUCAAAUCAACUUAAAAGAUGCAGAAUUUUUAAGUUUUCGGCCCAAAUAGGAUCAAGUCUAAACACCCAAAGCUUAAGAAAAUAGAAAAUUGAUAGUAUACCAAUACCCGGGCACUUAGAACUCUUGUUUCAAAAUAGAUUUGAACCCAACCGUGCAGAAUUUUACUCCAAACACCUAUACUUCCACCUAAAACUCAAUAAAUCUUGCAAAAGCUC